UAGGUCGUCCGUCAAUCAAUCGAGAUAGCACUUAGAAGGUCAUGGACACUGGUCGGGCAGUAAUAAAUAAACUCGGCCGCGACACUGACCACAACUUGACCAGCGCUCGACUAGCACAGUGGGAAAUUUUAUUGACAGUGUAUAUUCAGUGAAUUAAAUCGACAAUAUGCGAAUUGAAACUCCAACAGUACGUAAGUAUUGAGUAGACGUUGUGUAGAUGAAGCGUACAUGCCAACAUGGUGUACAUGCCUGUUUGUCCUGUAAGCAGCGCACCACCGGAGCAGAGAGGAGAUCCGCUGUGUUAUCGCCAUUCCAAAGGGAGAAACUCGAGUACUACUUCAAGUUUUUUGAUGUUGAUGGCGAUGGAUAUCUGAUGAAAAAAGACCUCCCUCUGUUGUUCAAGAAAAUCCUUGAGUAUACGGGAUGGGAAGAGAACUCGGCACCUGCCGUGGAACUGUACGAGGUACAUACGACAUUCUUCGAGGUGUUACACGAAAAAACAGAUAUCAAAUCAGAUCUGAUUGGUCUCGAUGCAUGGAUGUCGCUAUGGGAACACAUGAUACCCGGAUGUAUGGGAAUGCAUAAUUUUCCAAUUUGGCUCCGCCUUCUUCCGAGGUCAUUGUUCCGAGUCAUGGAUACCAAAGAUGACGGUAAGCUGGACGCCCAGGAGAUCCGUGAAUUCUACGAGUCGUUUGUAAAGAUUCCUACGGAUGAAGCUGGAGCAUUAGCAAACCAAGCUUUCAACGAGAUGACGGACGUAAGUGUCGCUUAUUUGUUGAUUUCUUGUUCCAGGAAGUGUAUACAAUUUUAAACUCUGUUUUGCCAU